UUCAUCCAAGCAUGUCAAUUUGCGUCUAGUCUGCCUUGACAUUCAAAUGAUUUAGCUACCCGUCAAAGGCAAAAGAAGUUUCCCGAUCGACCAAAAUUUAAAGUAACAAAAUCUUUUAGAUAAAAUGAGUUUACAAUACGCCGAAAACGAGCCAAGCUUGUCCAAUUCGAGCGAGCUGGAGUUGAUCCUGGAUGUCUACGAUGACGGAACCAUCCAGAUGGUUUCCACCUCCGACGAGCGCCUGUCCAUCGAAAGUCCAUAUUCCGUUUCCGAUCGGGGGUCCCUACGCAGGGAACCUUCCAUCGAGCGUCUAUUCGAAUGUACCGAACUGAAAGCUACGCAGUCGAAUGCCGUUCUGGAGCUGCAACCCAGUGACGAUGACGAGGACGGAUCUGACCAGGAGCCGGAAUUGGUGGAGAUGUGCCCCUGUCGUUGUGAGGAAUGUCCAACGGAGUGCUACGGAAGGCAAGUAUCCAAGGGUGACGAGAUGGUGAUGUUGGCAGCGGAUGUGGUCAUUAAAAUUCCAAUCAAAAAGAAGAACCUGGAACGGUUGAUGCAACUGGCCAAGUGUUGUGAAGACAGAAUUAGGUGAAAUUCGAUGGACAUUAAAUAAUGCUGACAAUAGAAAAUUUCGUAACAAACGAAUAAAUAUAAA